CUACAUCGCGGUCGCGGAACAUCCGAGAAGAACUAAACACAGAGCGUCAGAGCGAGAGUAUAUAAGGGUUUCGUAGCGGGAAAUUUUCUCAAUUAAUUGAAGCUUCGGAAAGCAAAAUGAGACCAAACAUUGUUUCCGAGGCAGGAUUUCCUACUAGGAUAAGCCAAUGGUGGGAAGGUAUUCCAUUCCUUACAUCAGCUGUGGUGAUUGUGUGCGGUAUUAUUUACUUGGUUUGCCUUUUUGUUGGGUAUGACUCCUUCUAUGAGAUAUGCUUCUUGCCAUCUGAAGUUAUAUCACGGUUCCAAGUUUACAGGAUUUAUACAUCCAUUCUCUUUCAUGCGUCGUUGCUGCAUGUUAUGUUUAAUAUGCUGGCUUUAGUACCUUUGGGUUCAGAGAUGGAAAGAAUAAUGGGAUCAGUCCGCUUGCUGCACGUGAUCAUAUUAUUGGCUACAAGCAAUGCUAUUUUUCAUCUUCUUAUUGCUCUAUUAGUAGCCCAUAAUCCUUUUCAUCCUUAUCAGUAUCUCAUGAAUGAAUGUGCAAUAGGCUUCUCAGGAAUCUUAUUCUCUAUGAUUGUUAUAGAGACAAGUCUGAGCGGCGUUCAAUCCAGAAGUGUGUUUGGACUAUUUAAUGUCCCAGCUAAAUGGUAUGCUUGGAUUUUGUUAGUAGUGUUCCAGCUUCUCAUGUCAAAUGUCUCAUUACUCGGUCACUUGUGUGGAAUCUUGUCUGGAUUUGCAUACACCUAUGGAUUGUUUAACUACUUGUUACCUGGAUCCUCUUUCUACUCUGCCAUUGAGAGCUCCUCAUUUCUUUCCACUUGCGUGAGGCGACCUAAAUUUAUUUUGUGUACUGGAGGGAGUACAUCUGGCUUCAUCCCUACUUAUUCAAGCCAAAAUACAACACCGAGUUUUGCCUCUGGAAGUAUAUGGAGAAAUCUUUCUUCAUGGAUCCCACAUAGAGAAUCCACACCUGCUCAGGAUAACAGGUUUCCUGGAAGAGGACGGACACUUGAUUCUGGUAGAAAUCAAGCAGCCUCUGACAUAAAUUCUGCUUCAACCCUACAAGCUAGGCUCUUAGAUGACAGCACCUUAGAUCAUUCAUCAGAAAGAGCAGAAUCUGGUAUAGGACAGAGGUCGGAUGGGAGGCGUUCAACUGUAGAUGGUUCUGCAACAAUUGUAGGUGGCCACAUGCACCAGCAGGGUUUGGAUGCAUCUGAUGAACAGAUCCAAAAACUUGUUGCAAUGGGUUUUGAUAGGACACAGGCAGAAGUUGCCCUUGCAGCUGCUGAUGGAGAUUCAAAUGUUGCUGUGGAGAUUCUCAUGAGCCAACAGCAGGGGUAAAUUGCAACUCAAGCUUGGAGAUUUUAAAGACAGACUGGCAGGCAAGGUUGCAGUUCUUUUCAGGUUUGUCUGCCUGUGUAAUGCCUAUUUGGGUGAUGUGAUCUAUCCUUUAUUGAUGGGAACUGUAUAUGUUUGAUCAUGAGCUAACAAAAUUAGUUGGAAAGCAUUGAAGUAAGAAGAAAAGUUCACGAAUUCCAGAAGUCUGUCUAUAUGUUACAUACCAUCACUUGGCUUUUUCAGUGUUGUGGAAUUGCCAACUGAACAUACAAAAAUGCUUUGCCUCUUGAAUACAAAUUACACUUAUUCUGGUGAUCAUGAACCAAAUAUUUUCUCAA